AUGCUCAGGCUGCGUAGCCGCGUCCUCGCCCAUCUCCUCUCUUCUUCUCCAGCCACCUCCCCCGGAUCCCCUCUUCGCCGCCUCCUCUCCGCCAUUUCCCCCAACCCUAGCUUCGCCGCGCACGAGUACCUCGUCUCCACUUGCGGCCUCACGCCAGCACAGGCCGUCAAGGCCUCCGCCAAGCUCUCCCACCUCAAGUCCCCCGCCAAUCCCCACGCCGUGCUCGCCUUCCUCGCCGGCCUCGGUCUCUCCGGCGCCGAUGUCGCCGCCCUCGUCGCCAGGGACCCGCAGUUCCUCUGCGCCAGCGUGGAGAGAACCCUGACGCCCGUCGCCGCCGGGCUCUCUGGCCUCGGCUUAUCGCGUUCCGACAUCGCGCGCCUCGCCUCGCUGGCCGCCCACAAAUUCCGCCAAAAAGCAAUGGUCUCCAAGCUGCACUACUACUUGCGCGUCUUCGGCUCCUUAGACACCUUCCUCCGGGCCAUGAAGGGCGGCCAUCUCCUCUCACACAGCAUCGAGAGGGUGGUCAAGCCCAAUGUCGCGUACCUGCGAGAGUGUGGGUUGCAGGAUUGUGAUAUUGCCAAGUUUUGCAUCCAAAGACCAAGGAUGAUCAUUGCCAGUCCGGAGCAUGUCCAGGCGAUGGUGAGAUGUGCUGAAAGCAUAGGUGUGCCCCGUGCCUCUGGCAUGUUCAGGCAUGCGCUGCAUGCUGUUGCAUUUCACAGCGAGGAGGAGAUCGCAGCCAGGGUGGAGUAUUUGAAGAAAACGUUCAGGUGGUCGGAUGCCGAGGUGGGCAUCGCUGUUUCUAAGGCUCCAACCAUAGUUGCCAUGUUUCCGGUACGGUGGGAAUGA